AUCUUUGUUCUGUUUUGUGCCAGUGUCAAGUCAUGUGCAACUGUUUGAAUGCUUUAUGAAAACACAAAACAAUAAAAAUCACAUAAAUCAAAUUCUUCACAUACUUAAAAUUUUUACAUUUGAGUAAUAAAAUAUAAAACAAAUAUUCAGCCUUAAAUUUUUUAAAAGAGAAGUGAAUGAUCUGCAUCCUGUCUUUCGAACAUGGCUUACUAUUGGGAAAGUCACAAGUUUUUCACAUGCUUGGGUCCAUUUCUCAAUGGAUUGGUCUGGGGCUGUAAGAAACAUCUGACUUCUUUGAAACUGAAAUCCAUCAAGAAAUGAUGAUCAGAACCUGCCAAAUUCAACACAAAACAGAAGUGUUUCUGAAGUCUGAUGGGAAAAUUAAAUCCACCAACAGCUCUGCACAGACACAUUGAGCUGAACCUUUUCAUAUCUUUAUAAAAAUGCAGAUUUUGUUGACUAUAUUUUUUAAUGUCGCUAUUACCUUUGCAUACAUAGAACUGGGUUAUUGUGUCUGUGCUCAUGCUGAAUAUGAGAUAAACGGACAAUGUUGCCCCAUGUGCGCACCUGGUAACCAUGUUUUUUGGCAUUGCACUGUGGAUACCAGCACAACUUGUGAACCCUGCAGUGAAUUCACAUACACUGAUGAGCCUAAUGGUAUUGAAAAAUGUUUUCCCUGCUCAGCCUGUGAUACAGCCGGUUUAAAGACACAGAAGGCCUGUACACCAUUAUCAGACACAGUUUGUGAACCAGUAGACGGAUUCUUCUGUGUGACCCAAGAAAAGGGCAGCUGUAGAUCAGCUGUUAAACAUUCUCAAUGUAAACCUGGAGAAUUCAUCCAACAAAGAGGAACAGAAAGCACAGAUACUGUAUGUGGAGUCUGCACAAAUGGCACUUACUCUGAUGGCACUUUUGCAGCUUGUCAGCCAUAUACAAUAUGCCAGAGUAUGGGUCGUAAACAAAUAAAAGCAGGAACUAUGUCAUCUGAUGCUAGAUGUGAAUAUUUUACUCCAGAUCUCAUUGGAAUUAUAACUGGUGUUGUGAUCAUUGUUGUUGUUAUUAUUGGAGUCUCAUUAAUCCAGUUUAUCAAACACAAAGUCAAACGCUCAUCAGGGACGAGGUUCGUCCAGAUCUAAUGUUGGUGGAUGACAACUAAAAAUGUAUUUUAUCAUUUAAUAAUAUUUCAUAUGUUUAAUGUUUCUAUAUAUAAAAUAUUAUGUAUUAACAAUAUUGUAAUAUCAAAAAAAUGUUCUGUAUUUAUGACAAAGUUUAUUCUUAACCAGUUUCAUUGAAAACCAAAUCUGAUUUCUUUAUAAAUCAAUAUUUUCAAAAAAAAAAAUCUAUUGUAUUGGAUGCCAAAACAUGUACAAUUAUGAUACAGUAUGUAAAACUAUGUGGAAAAAAAAUUAACAUGGCUACUCAAUCAAAAGAAUAAACAAGCAUAUACUUCAUUAUA